AUGGCUGGAAGUGGAGUUUUUGCAGAGAUAAUUGAUGGAGAUGUGUUCAACUACUACGCUGAUGGAGAGUGGAAAAAGUCUUCUUCUGGAAAAUCUGUUUCGAUCAUUAAUCCUACUACAAGAAAGGUUCAAUACAAGGUCCAAGCUUGUACACAAGAAGAGGUGAACAAAGUAAUGGAAAUGGCAAAAGUUGCACAAAAGGCAUGGGCAAAAACUCCGCUCUGGAAGCGUGCCGAGCUUCUUCACAAAGCAGCUGCUAUACUGAAAGAGCACAAAGCCCCAAUUGGAGAGUGUUUAGUGAAGGAAAUUGCAAAACCAGCAAAGGAUUCUGUUACUGAGGUUGUGAGGUCUGGAGAUCUGGUUUCGUAUUGUGCUGAAGAAGGGGUUAGACUUUUGGGACAGGGCUCAUUCCUAGUAUCAGACAGUUUCCCGGGGAACGAAAGGACCAAAUACUGUCUUACAUCCAAGGUUCCCUUGGGUGUUGUUUUAGCAAUUCCUCCUUUUAACUAUCCCGUCAACCUUGCUGUCUCAAAAAUUGGGCCGGCCCUGAUUGCUGGAAACUCCCUUGUUCUCAAACCCCCAACUCAGGGUGCAGUGGCUUGCCUUCAUAUGGUACAUUGCUUCCACUUAGCUGGUUUCCCCAAAGGACUUAUCAACUGUAUCACCGGGAAGGGCUCUGAAAUUGGUGAUUUUUUGACGAUGCAUCCGGGGGUGAACUGCAUAAGCUUUACUGGUGGUGACACCGGAAUUGCAAUUUCGAAGAAAGCAGGCAUGAUCCCUCUUCAAAUGGAACUGGGAGGAAAAGAUGCUUGCAUUGUGCUUGAGGAUGCUGAUUUAGAUUUGGUGGCUUCAAACAUCAUUAAAGGAGGCUUUUCUUACAGUGGUCAAAGAUGCACAGCUGUUAAGGUUGUCUUGGUGAUGGAAUCCGUUGCGGACACUCUUGUCGAGAAAGUGAAGGCCAAAGUGGCAAAAUUGACAGUCGGUCCACCCGAGGAUAACUGUGAUAUCACUCCAGUAGUUUCUGAAUCAUCUGCAAACUUUAUCGAGGGACUGGUUAACGACGCUAAACAGAAGGGAGCAACAUUUUGCCAGGAGUACAAGAGAGAUGGCAACCUCAUCUGGCCUCUUUUGUUAGAUAAUGUGCGACCUGACAUGAGAAUAGCAUGGGAGGAGCCAUUUGGACCAGUCUUGCCAGUUAUAAGAAUUGGUUCUAUUGAAGAAGGAAUUCAUCAUUGCAAUGCAAGCAACUUUGGACUCCAGGGCUGUGUCUUCACAAAAGAUAUCAACAAGGCAAUGCUGAUAAGCGAUGCCAUGGAGACUGGGACAGUUCAGAUUAACUCAGCUCCAGCACGUGGUCCUGAUCAUUUUCCAUUCCAGGGCCUUAAGGACAGUGGAAUUGGAUCACAAGGAAUCACCAACAGCAUUAACAUGAUGACAAAGGUGAAGAGCACUGUGAUCAAUUUGCCAACUCCUUCAUACACUAUGGGCUAA